CCCUGUUUUGAGACUUUACGUAUCUGCAUCUCCCUGUAUUUGGUGAGUCACCUCAGGUAAAUACUUUGUCGUUAUAGCAUUAGGUCAUCCUACUAUGCAUGACAAGUGGUGUUCAUGGGAAGAAACAUGUUACGUGAGAUAAGCUAGCAUCCAUGCAAAGAAUUAGUACCUUGUCAGAGGGCUGGAUGUAAUUUGAUUGCAGGAAUUGACUCAGUUGACAGACACUGAAGGGUGUGAUGGCCUGACUCGCUCAAAGCGAGAUAUAAAUACCGUAGGUCCUGCCAAAGCCAUGUCAGAAGUAGUCCCUAAUAUCAAUCAUCACAAAUGAAACAUUUUGAAAUCAUUCAGCCCUAAGACCAAGCAAGUAGAAACUGUAUCACAUGACAACGCGUCAACAAACUACAAAUGUUGUCCCAAACUCUCCUCCGUACACUCUUCAUCGCCAUGUCUGUCGCAGCUUGUGCACUGGCUCUCUCCCCUCGGUCCGCCAUCCACGAGGAUGAACUUGACCGCUACGACGCUUUCCUGUCCAGUAUUCAAGAUUCCCACUUCAUGGACAUGUAUCUCGAAAACAGCCGAGUCAAGAUCGAUGUUUAUGAGCACCCGUCCAACGAGCUCGCGCUUUCCGAACACUUCACUCCAAGCGACACUGCAAACCAGUACUUUGACCAAGAGGAACAGCGUGCUCAAGAGGUAUUGCAGCCAGCAACGGCUUCGGAUGACAUGGGACGCAUCGGUUCUUGAGAAACGCGUCUCUAGGUGCUACCAGUUCUGCGGGACGAUUGCCAACUGCCGUGGAAACAAUGGGUGUCCUCACUGCUAUGCUGUUCGACAAGGGUGUUUGUGGCAGAAAUGGUGCCGUUAGGAUUAAGGGCUGCCGUGCUGUGUUGAUAGCUCGCGAGGGAUGAUAACAUAUUUUUGUUACAAAACUUUUUACAACUGAAAACUUGUCUGGUGGAUUGCAUUCAACAUGCAAUAUAUGCAGUUUACCAUCCGUUCCUACUAUGACUACUGGUGUUAACGUGUUGUAUUCAACAUGCAACAGUUCCGAUUGAUCCAUCAUUACAAUCAACAAACUUUUCCGCUCCUUCUGGCGUGCAUAUGGAUCAAUUGUAGAAGUCAAAUCAUUUUGUCUGCGUGUACGAUGCGAUGCAUACGCGGAAUUGAUUCUCAAUGGCCACGAGGCUCUUAGUCUAGCGUUGUGGUAUUAACCACACUUCACUACCAG